UUCAAGUUUAAAAAAUACGCUCAUUUUUAUUCGUUGUCUGUACCAAAGUUAGCCUUACAUACUUAUUUUUUCAGUGAAAAUUUAGAAAUUAAACUUAAAAUGGUGAAGCAUUUUUCUAUUGUUUUUAUUGCAUCGACGUCCCUCGCGCUUGUCGUGAUUAUGAUAUGUUCUCCAUCCAUAGAAGCUGAUGAGGCUCCUGUUACGCAGGGAUCAAAACUGUCGCUACUCGAUUGCCAAAAAAUUGUCAAUCUCAUCACGAAAAAAGUGAUCAAGCUUUUUCACACGUGCUCAAAAGAAGUCAGACAAAACUCGACGAAACAGGAGUUCGAGAAGAAAACAAGCUGUAUAAUACGAUGCGUUUUGGACAACGUUGGAUUGCUAACGGAGGAAGGAACCUGUACCCCAGACACGGUCCAAUCCUUCCUUAAUAUUCAUAUUCCCGAUGAAGCGCAUGAUUUUGCACAUUGGGCUACUGAACAUUGUGUAACGGAUUAUGGAUCUAAAUUGGACAAAUCCCAAGAAUUUUGCGAAUCUUACGGAGAAUUUGUUAAAUGCCUGUUGAAACUUUUCGCAGAUUUCCAAGCUUUCAGUGAAGCUGCGAAUUGCAAAUUUAAAACCAAUCCAAUGGGACGUUAAGGAAAUAUUUAUGUAUACACAAAUGCGCAAAACAAAAUAUUUAAAAUGCAAAAAUUGUAAAUAGCUACAUAUGACAAUUAGAUAAUAUGGCCACUGCACGUGCCGAUGAUGACCUGUCAUUUUCCAUAAUAGUCGUCGCCUACUGCGUCGCAAAUUUUCUAAAGUCAUGCCCAAAUCACAAACAUUAAUUUUGUGUAAUAACAGAUUUUUGUACGAUGGAUACUUAUCGUAUUUCCGUCAA